CUAACGUUAAAAUCCGGAAUGAACCAAACUUUAAGUUAAGUACCCUUAAAUUCACUUAAUUAGAGGAAGAUUACUUAAACCGUUAAUUUCCACUAAAAACAAAAUAAUAAAAAAUUUAAAAUAAUGACCCCCGUGUACCCCAUAUGCUUCCCACGAGUUCCUUAUAUAUUCGCCUCUCUGUAACCUCCUAAAUUCUCACAUUUCUCGUUUCUCCUACACCCAUCUACACCAAACUUAACCAAAAAAUGGAAAGCCUAACUCUCACCGGAUUAUUGAAAGAUAUCGCCGGAAAAUUCCCUUCUCGGAGAGCUAUUACUGUCUCCGGAAAAUUUGAUAUUACACACUCACGAUUAGAUCAAUUGGUUGAACAUGCCGCUAAUCGCCUUGUUGCCGCCGGCGUUCUUCCAGGCCAUGUAGUCGCCCUUACUUUCGCUAAUACCGUCGAGUUUGUGAUAAUGUUUUUGGCGGUAAUUCGAGUUCGAGCCACAGCAGCACCAUUAAACGCAGCGUAUACAGCGGAGGAAUUCGAAUUUUACCUUUCCGACUCAGAUUCCAAACUUCUACUAACUUCCAUGGAAGGAAACACAGCAGCCGAAACCGCAGCUUCCAAACUCAACAUCCCUCACGUCACCGCUUGCCUCUCUUCUGCUGACUCGGACAUUACCCUAUCUUUAAAUCAGCCAGAGUCAGACUCAUUAAACUCGGUCAACUCACUUGUGAACGAUCCAUCCGACGUGGCACUCUUCCUUCACACCUCUGGAACCACCAGCCGUCCUAAAGGAGUCCCACUGAGUCAACUCAAUUUAUUCUCCUCUGUGAGGAACAUUAAAUCGGUGUAUAAACUCACUGAGUCCGACUCGACGGUGAUUGUGCUUCCUUUGUUCCAUGUUCAUGGAUUAAUGGCUGCGUUGCUGAGUUCAUUAGGUGCUGGUGCGUCGAUUACUUUACCUUCUGCUGGACGUUUCUCUGCGUCGUCGUUUUGGUCUGACAUGAAAAAAUCUAAUGCCACGUGGUACACUGCUGUCCCCACAAUACAUCAAAUCAUUCUGGAUCGUCAUUUGAGUAAACCCGAGCCGGAUUACCCGAAACUCCGGUUUAUUCGGAGCUGUAGUGCUUCUUUGGCACCGGCAAUAUUGAACCGGCUUGAGGAGGUAUUCGAUGCUCCGGUUUUGGAGGCUUAUGCCAUGACGGAAGCAACCCAUUUAAUGUGUUCUAAUCCGUUGCCUGAGAAUGGGCCUCAUAAGGCGGGUUCAGUUGGACGGCCCGUGGGCCAAGAAAUGGCAAUAUUGGAUGAAAGUGGUGUGGUUCAAGGGCCCAGAUCUAAAGGAGAGGUUUGUAUUCGGGGACCCAAUGUUACUAAAGGGUACAAGAAUAACCCGGAGGCAAACAAAUCUGCCUUUCAAUUCGGGUGGUUUCAUACUGGUGAUGUCGGAUUUUUCGAUGAAGACGGGUAUUUACAUUUGGUGGGUCGGAUUAAGGAGCUCAUCAACCGUGGAGGGGAGAAGAUAUCACCAAUUGAGGUAGAUGCAGUGCUUUUGUCUCACCCUGACGUUGCACAAGCUGUUGCUUUUGGAGUCCCUGACGACAAAUAUGGUGAAGAGAUAAACUGUGCAAUCAUUCCUAGAGAAGGGGUAGAGCUUGAAGAGGAACAAGUAACAAAGUUCUGCAAGAAGAAUCUAGCAGCAUUCAAAGUUCCGAAAAAGGUUUUCAUCGCCGAUUUCCUACCAAAAACCGCAACUGGCAAGAUUCAACGAAGAAUCGUUUCUGAGCACUUUCUAGCCCAAAUUUCGACUGCUAAAGUACCCAAAUUCGGAGCUUAAGACAGCUAGGACACUACACUGAUGCACCACUUUUGUUUUCAUGGUGCAUUGAGUCGUCUGAUAAUGCACAAUGCAAUGGACUAGUCCUGGGUUUUAUUUGAUCAGUACGGCCCAUUGACCGAUUUCGUUAUCUCAAGUAACCUGUUCUUUAGACCCUUGCUCUUGUAUAGAUGAAGAACUGAUGAUGAGGGCAGUAUUUGAUGAAUAUUGUCUGAUAGUUAUAAAAGAUUUACCACCAAGCCAAUUUUAGGUGAACCAGUAUAAAGAGAUGUAUCAGAAAUAUUUGUCAUUUUGAUGUAAUGUUAUUCUUACUGUUUAUGCUUCAAUAUUAACUUUUGUUCAGAGAAA